GCCCUCAUUCACUCAGUCUGUCUCUGAGUCUCGCUACAGUGCAACGUUACGCUCCGCAUGGUAUUUUAUAUACCAAUCAUAAAGAUUAUAUUAACACAAAACUACGCAAGCAUAUUACUGUGAAACGCUUUACAUAUAAAGAUAAAUAAAUCAAUUCAAAAAUUCUUUAAUAAAUCUUGGUGCACAAGAAGGACACUUUUCGUGUGAAUAUGUUUAAAGUAGCGGCAGUGGGCCUGCUGGUCAUAGCGACCGUCAACAGCCAGUGUUUCUACAAGGAUGACUCCUCGAAGAAGUUGGACCCUGAGGCUCGCACCUCCUUAUACCGAGGGCAGCUGGAGUUCACGCUCAACUUGUUCGACGCCAUCAACAAGGCUGUUCCUGAUGACAACAUAUUCUUCUCACCCUUCUCCGUAUACCACGCGCUAGUCCUGGCGUACUUCUCAUCAGGGGAACAAACUGAACAUGCGUUGAAGGAAUCCUUGCGAAUUGCUGAGAAAAUGGACAAGAUCAACCUGAUGACGGCCUACAAGGUGGACCAGCGCUCGAGGAUCGCGAACAACAACAGCGACAGCUACGAGUUCACCAGCGCCAACAAACUGUUCGCGGACACAGGGCUGCGCGUGCGUCAGUGCAUGCUUGAUCUGUUCGGGGAAGAGGUGGAGACCCUGAACUUCAGAGACAAUCCCGAGGCUUCUCGCUUGUACAUCAACGACUGGGUGUCCCGUAUCACCAAGAACAACAUCAAGGACUUGCUGCCGGAAGACGGUAUCACCCAGGCCACUAAGUUGGUGCUCGCCAAUGCUGCUUACUUCAAGGGCGUGUGGGCUUCCAAGUUCCCCGCGGAAAGGACCAAGAAGGAGGCCUUCUUUGUCUCGGAGACACGCCAGACGCUCGUACCGUUCAUGAAGCAGAAGGGAACUUUCCAUUACAUGGUUAACGAUGACCUCGGAGCGCAAAUCCUAGAGUUGCCAUACAAGGGCAACGAUAUCAGCAUGUACAUCCUGCUGCCACCUUACUCCAUGAAGGAAGGAGUAAGCAACAUUAUUGCUAACCUGACCCCUGAGCGUCUGGCGGCCGUUGUGGAAGAAGGUUACAUGGGUCGUGAGGUCAUCGUCGAAAUACCCAAGUUCACAAUGGAGAGGAGCCUGCCUUUGAGAGACGUGCUCGAAAGGUUAGGAGUAGGAGAUUUGUUCAACGCUACAGCUGACUUCAGUACGCUGUCAGAACAACGCGGCAUCCUCUUCGACGACGCUGUCCACAAGGCGAAGAUUCAAAUCGAUGAAGAAGGUACCGUGGCUGCAGCAGCAACAGCGAUCUUCGGGUUCCGGUCGUCCAGACCCGCGGAGCCCAGCCGGUUCAUUGCCAACUUCCCCUUCGUAUACCUCAUCUAUGAACGCCCAACUAACUCCAUUCUCUUCAUGGGUGUCUACAGAGACCCUAAGAAAUAAAUCACCUCAAACACCAUAAUUAGUUUUAAAGCAAUUUUUAUUUAAUAUAAAUUGGGAAAUUUCAGAUCUGAUCGACAAAAAAGACAUGACUUCUUAAGAUUGUAAAAUGACGGCUUAAUCAAAGUCAUCUAAUAAUAAGUUACCUUUUAAUUGUGACUUCAAUAUCAAAGAACCUUAUGUGUAGAAUAAGUUGACCUCAUAACUGCACUUUGGGCAUAUUUUAUGAAAUUAAGUAACUGUGAUUACCAAAUUUUAACUUCGUUGUGGAGGUACUCCUAUAAUGAUAAUAAUGUGUGAUAUCAACCAGUAGCAAACCGUCAAGGUGUCAGUUAGACGCCAGUUCACAGUUAUAAUACUUUAUAAGUUAAAGUUAUUUAGGAGUAGUUUUGUAUUUAUUUAUUUUUAUCCUAAGACCUUUUAAUGCAAGAGAUUUUCAUUUAAAUUGUUAAAAUUGUUGUUCGAUAAGUUAGGUUAAGUCUUUUUGUAAUUAGGUAACUAUUAUUUUAUAGUUUUUUUAUUACCAUUAUAUAUUCGUGAUUAAGUACAUUAAACUGAGCUAUGCCUCAAUGGCAUAAUCCAACAAA